AUGAAGAUCACCAUCUUCUCCGCCGGCCUCAUUGGUUUGGCUGCUGCUCUCCCUCAGGCUUCCAUCCAGGAGUCUUCGAGCUCGGUUGUUCAGACUUCUACGACUUCUGUCAGCUCGCCCGAGGAUGUCCCUCAUGCAACCAGCCUUGCUCAGGCCGCCGCAGUCAACGUCACCAUUUCCGUCGAGGUCCCUUCUGAGAUCAUUGACACUACUUCUCUUGAGUCGAACAGUCCAGCUCUUCUCACCACCAAGCCUGUGGAGAGUAACGAAUUCCUGUCCCCUGCCGACUUCCUGACUCAAGGUUUGUCUUUGGACGACAUUCCUGAGGUUCCCGUCGAUACCUCUGCUCUCUCCAAGAGAGACUUCUUCGGACUCUUUGGUUCUUCCAACGCCAGAGGUCCGUUCGUCAACUUCCUCAAGGUCGCUGCGCAGAUCUUCGUCAAGGUUGAGAAGAUCAUCAUCUACUGGACUUGCCCUCAAUGGACCCGUCCAACUCCCAACACCUUCUCCGGAUGGAGAAACUACAAGUCGAACGGUGUUAACCUCGGUGGCUGGCUCGUUCUUGAGAAGAACAUUCAGCCUAGCUUCUUCAACGACAACGCACCUAGCGCCAUCGACGAGGACAGCUUCUGUAAGACUUUGGGCCAGGUAAAGUGCGGUGCUCUGCUUGAGAACCGUUACAACACCUACAUCACCACCAAGGACAUCGACAACUUCGCCGCCUACGGUGUCAACACUCUCCGCAUUCCCAUCGGUUACUGGGCCUAUAUGCCCGCCAUCGCAGGUGACAACUACUACACUGGUGGCCAGAAGUUGGCCAUGCAAAAGAUUGCCCAGUACGCCAUCAGCAAGCACAACAUGCACAUCGUCGUCGACCUGCACGGUCUUCCUGGCGGUCAGAACGGUCUCGACAACCAGGGCAAGACUGGCCAGCUCACUUGGUGGAACAACCAGACAGCCUUUGAUCUUUCCAUCGAAAUGGUCCGCAGAGCCACCGACGACAUCCUUCGCCAGCCCAACAGCGGCAGUUACACUAUCUCCCUCAUCAACGAGCCUCUGCCUGCUCUCUACUACUUCGGUCAGACCCAGGACAGCAUCGCCUACCUGAACAAGUACUACAAGGCCGCCCUCGCUGAGGUCCGCAAGAGAUCCAAGACUCUGCCUGUUGCUAUCUCUGAUGGUUUCAUUGGCCCUCAGACCUGGGACCCUUACUGGACUAACGUUGACCCUUACAUCGUUAUCGACACCCACAUCUACUUCUUCGUCGGCGGAUCAUACUCUUACGACGCCGCUUACGGUGCCUGCUAUCUCGCCAAAUCCUACCAGAACGCUUCUAACCCUACAUUCAUUGGUGAAUGGUCAAUCCAGGCGACAAACUUCAACCACCUUGGCGACAACACCCGCCGCGACUUCUACCGCAGUCAGCUUCAGGCAUACACCCAGUACCUCUCUGGUGGCAUGUUCUGGAACGGCAAGCACGAUGGUGAUGCCAUCGUCGGUGAUGAUGGUUCGGCCCAGAAGUACUACUGGUCUUGGGAGAUUCUCGCCUCUGAGGGCAUUGUCCCUCGUCCUGGUGACAAGCUCGAGUCUCUCUGUUAAAUGAUGGAUGAUUUAGAGGU